AUGGCGGACCAAGAGCACGAUGAUGCUGUCCACCAGAUCGACGUUCAGAACAAGAGACUCCUCCAUGCAGCUCGAACAGAUGAUCUCGAAUUGCUGCAAGAGAUCAUCUCCUCUGGAGCCUUUGAUGCAAACCAUAGCGAUGGAGUAGGACGUAACGCUCUGCACUACGCUGCUGCGCAACAAUCAACCCAAGUCCUUCCCGAGAUUCUUAAUCUCGAAAUUGACGUUGAUUAUCAAGAUCGAACCAAUGCAGAUACGCCGUUGCAUGCUGCUGUCAGUGUCGAUAUUCCGGAGGGCGCGGCUGGGAAGGAAGUUGAAGAGAUUAGGAAUUGGAUCGUGAACGAGCUAUUGGAGGCAGGCGCAGACCCAAGCAUUCCCAACAAAGAUGGCGAUUUGCCAGCAGACCUUCUCUCUUACGGUACCAAAUCACGCUCGCAAUUGGGUCAGGACUUGGUAGCAAGGUUGAAGAGAGGUCAAGCAGAGAUGCAUAUCAGUGCAAGUGACAUUGCUGAUGAUGACAAUGAUGUUGGCGAUGGCGAGGGCAGCGAAGGUACACCAUCAGAAGAGUAA